AUGGCGGCGGCGGCAGCAGCGAAGAGGAGGCGGACGAGCAGCACCCAGCCUUUCCCCCAGCAGUGGCAGCAGUGGCAGAGAGGAGGCCAAGGAGCAGCACCUGAGGCCCCCUCAGCCUCCUUUCCGCCUCUUGACGCCUCUGUGCAAGGGCCAGGUGGGGGUGUUGGAGGCCAAGAAGCCUCCAGCCCGCCACCUGGCCCUUGCACAGAGGCGGAGGAGGUGACGAGGAAGCCUCUGGCACUCUCCUCGGCCUCCUCUCUGUCGCCAUCGCCGCCACCACUGCGGAAAGGCCAGAUAGUGGCCCGGAGGCCUCUUGGCCUCCACCAACCCCACCCGGCCCUUUCACAGAGGUGCCAGCGGUGGAGAGGAGACCAAGGCGGCGGAGGAGCAGCGCCAGAGGCUGCCUUGGCCUGCACGCCUCCGCCACCACGGAAGGGCUGGGUGGAACUAUUGGAGGCCAAGAGGCCUCCGGGUCACCACCUGGCCCUUCCGCGGUGGGGGCAGCAGAGGCGUGCAGGCCGAGGUGGCAAGAAGGCCUCUGGCACUACUUCUCCACCUCCUCUUCGCUGCUGCUACUGCCGCCAUUGCCGCCACCUCCGCGGAAGGGCCAGGUGGCAAAAUAUGUUUAAAGACUCAUACAGGAAUAGCGUGUCUCUUGUUGUUUUUAUAUGGUACCCUUACUUACCGUCACAUGUUUUUGUCCUCCUUUCUUCCCUACUCCAGGAAAAACUAGCCAUUAAGAAAAAGAGGAAAAAGGAGCGAGAAGCUCUUGGAGAUAAGGCACCACCAAAGCCAAUACCAAAGACAAUUGAAAACCAGCGUGUGUAUGAUGAAACCACAGUUGAUCCAAACGAUGAAGAGGUUACUUUGGAUGAAGCUACAGAUGAAUUUGCACCCUACUUCAACCGGCAGACAGUCCCAAAGAUUCUUAUUACAACAUCUGACAGACCUCGUGGAAGGACUGUGAGGUUCUGUGAACAAUUGUCAACAUGUAUUCCAAAUUCACAUGUUUAUUAUCGAAGAGGGCUGGCUCUAAAAAGAAUUAUUCCACAGUGUAUCUCAAGAGACUUCACAGAUGUGAUUGUGAUCAAUGAAGAUCGCAAAAUACCAAAUGGACUUGUGUUAAGUCACUUGCCUGAAGGGCCAACUGCUCAUUUUAGGAUGAGUAGUGUUCGACUACGUAAGCAAAUUAAGCGAAAAGGGAAAGCUCCCACAGAACAUCAGCCUGAAAUAAUUCUGAACAACUUUACAACACGGUUAGGCCAUUCCAUUGGUCGCAUGUUUGCAUCUCUUUUCCCUCAUGAUCCUCAGUUCAUUGGUAGACAAGUGGCUACAUUUCACAAUCAGCGUGACUACAUCUUUUUCAGAUUUCAUAGGUAUAUCUUCAAAAAUGAGAAAAGAGUGGCAAUUCAAGAACUGGGACCACGUUUUACCCUGAAAUUAAGGUCUCUUCAGAAAGGAACUUUUGAUUCCAAGUUUGGAGAAUAUGAAUGGAUUCACAAGCGUCGUGAAAUGGACACAAGUAGAAGAAAAUUCCACCUAUAAGAGCAAACUAAGAAAGCAGAGUUUUUUUUCUUUUCCUGCUGAGUUAACAAGAGCACAGGAGUUGGGAUAUCAUUGCAUUAUGGCUACUCCUUGUCCAAAGGGGAGAAUUCCACAAUGAAACGUUUUUUCUAACAGACUUACAGAUGAACAGUUAGACUGAUGUAUGUCAUCUAAAGUGCCUUGAAUAACUUCCCAAUUGUACUUCUAUUUAUUUACAAAGAGUAGAACAUUUCAUGUUACUGUGGCAAGAAAUUCUAUCUGUUGUUCACUUGUGAAGAUGUUACCUUUUUAAAAAGUGCUGUUUCAUAAUCAUGUAACAGUUGCUGGAGUGAUUUCUCAUUGGAAGUAGACUAUUUUACAACUACAACCCUGCUAUACAUCUAAAGUGGCCACAAGCUGUGAGUUGCUUCUCAAAAUUGGUUGUAAAAAGUAAACAUUUAUGCAAUUUUUAAAUCUUGUAAUUCUCAGUUUCACUGGUAGCAAUUAGGACCGUAAUGCAGAAAAGCUCAAUAGUGUUUCACAGCGACCAUUUCACAUGCAUUGUUAAAGCAUUGUUAACCGUUACAUGCAUAAACAUUGUGCUUAUGCAUUUGCUUCCUUUUUCAUCUGUGCACUUUGACAUUGUCAAAACUGAAGGAAAUGGUUAGUUUGUCUAAAUAAGCCAGCUUGAAACAAUAGUUAACAUUAAGUUUUCCGUUUGUAUAUAACGAGCUGCAAUUAGGUGAAAAUGAGAACAAAUGCUUCUGGUCUCCUUGCAUGGAUGCACAGGACAUCCAUGAGCCCAAGGCUUACAUCUAUAACACAAAGUGAAUCAAUGCCCUGUAUUAGAUAGGGUUUUCUUGGCAAGAUUUGUUCAAAGGACUUUGGCUAUUGCCUUCCUUUGAGGCUAAGAGCAUGUGACAUGCCCAGUGGGUUUCAUGGCUGAGUGGGGAAUUGAACCCUGGUCUCCUCAGUUGUAGUCCAACACUCAAACCACAACGGCAUGCUGGCUUAGCUUUCUCAAAUUGUCUGGAACAUCCACUAAAUAAACUUCAUGGGAUUCUAGGUGUAUAAGUACUGUAGUGGUUGGUAGGGUAUAUUUAAGAAUGGGAUUUGGCGCCAGUUUACUAAUGAAAGAGAACAAGAAAUUAAUGCCUUAGCAUGUUUUGAGAGGAAAUACUGCCCGUUUCAAGACAGUAUGCAAUUAUCUGAAAUUGCAAAAAGUUUUAUAGUGGUUAUAAUAUAUUUGGUGUCUGGCUGUAAAUACUAUUUUGUAUUCAGAAUCUUAAAGCUGUUGGUGCAACCAGCUGAGUAAGCUAUGUUACAGCAUUUUACUUCCUUGAACAAGUAAAAAAGGCAUGAAGAAAAUGUGCAUUGUGAAAACACAAGCAUUCUUUAUCUACCUUGUAAAACUUCACAUUAACAUCGAAAGUAAUUAAGGCAACUCUUUAUUGCUUGAAUAUAAAAUUGAUUCCCUCAUGAUACAGAAAUUAUUGCAGUUAGCAUACAGUUUGUUUAGAGAGGUAGAUUGUAAGAAAUCUGACAACAGUAGCAGUAUUAUACUAGGUCUAAGUUGGCACAAUAAUGCAAAGUUUCUGUACAGGUUCCAAGCCGCUUUGCUUUCACAUCCGUCGUAUGUAUCAACAGUUAGGGAAAGUUAGAAAAUC